AUGCAGGAUGCUGAUGACUUCACCUUGUCCUUGGACAGUCUGUUUUUCGAUAAACCCAUUGUUCACAAGGUCAAACCACUGCACCAUGAGGCCAGUCAAUGGCAGCUAGAAGCACCUCCAUCUCUUACACAUAUUCCAGCAACUCAGGACAUGCAAGAAGAGGCAGAGACUCUUUCUACCUUACACAGUUUUACACAGAAAUCCAGGAUUUUUCAUGUUCCUUUAAAAAAAAUGCAUGGGUUUGAGGUUUUAUCAUCAGAACUCAACAGUUCUCACAGUGAAGAGGGAGAAACUGUGGAAACUCGAUAUAGUAGCAGCAGCAGCCUGUACACAGGAGAAGGCCUUUGGAGUGGUGAAGAGUUCAAGUAUUUCUCAGAUGGUAGCUGUCAGAGUGGCAGAGGUGGAGAUGAGACCCUGCUGGACACUCGUCAUGCACCUAUGAGCAGAUGGUCGUCUCUGGACUGUGGACAAAGCCCAUCUUUAAGAAGAAGCUUGUUCAAGAUCCCAGACAUGGCCAGCAGAGGCGACUCAUCGACCAACAAUGACCUCAAGAGUAGCAGCAGCAGCCAGACUACGUCCAGACCUCAAACUUUUCUCAAUCAGGUUGCCAUGACAACUGUGGAUCCUGCUCUUCAGCCUCUAGAAGAGACAGUUGGCCCUGCAGCUCCUUUUCCCUCCAAGCCCCCGCUCUUGCCUCCUCCUCUGGGUUCUGCAGUGAGUCGCCGACCCCUGUAUCAGGCGCCGCAUGCAGAAAUGCAGGACAAGGGCACAAAGAGAGCCUUCGUCCCACCCAUGACACCCCAACCACUCCACAUACCAGGAUCUACUAAUUCUGGAGUUUUGCGGCCAGUUUCAGAAAUUCCUGUGAAGUUCAGAUCCAUCUUCAGUGACUUCCCCUUUUUCAACUAUGUUCAGUCUAAAGCUCUGGAUGAUGUCCUGUACUCAAGUAAGAACUUUGUGGCCUGCGCUCCCACUGGAUCCGGUAAAACAGUACUGUUUGAGCUGGCUAUCAUUCGCCUGUUGAUGGAGACGUCAGAGCCAUGGAGGGAUGUCAAAGCUGUAUACAUGGCUCCUAUUAAAGCUCUCUGCAGUCAGUGCUUUGAGAGCUGGAAGAAGAAGUUUGGUCCUCUGGGGCUGAACUGCAAGGAGCUGACUGGUGACACAGAGAUUGAUGACUUUUUUGAGAUUCACGACUCUCACAUUAUCCUGACCACGCCUGAAAAGUGGGACAGCAUGACAAGAAAAUGGAAGGAUAAUUGUUUGUUGCAGCUGGUGAGACUCUUCCUUAUUGAUGAAGUACAUGUGGUAAAAGAUGCAACCCGUGGCGCCACUUUGGAAGUUGUGGUGAGCAGGAUGAAGGCAGUGCAUACGUUCAGAACAUCACAGAAUCCUGAGGUGGACCUGUCAAUGAGAUUUGUGGCUGUUUCAGCCACUAUCCCCAACAUAUCUGAUAUAGCAGAUUGGCUUUCAAAUGAGAGUGGGCCGGCCACAUACCUGAGUAUGGAUGAGAGCCACCGUCCAGUGAAGCUUCGGAAGGUGGUGCUGGGAUUCCCCUGCAGCCAGAACCAAACAGUGUUUAAGUUUGACUUGUCGCUUAACUACAAGAUGGCUAACAUCAUACAGACUUACUCUGAUCAGAAGCCUACGCUAGUGUUUUGCUCCACAAGGAAAGGAGCUCAGCAGUCAGCUACUGUGCUGGCCAAAGAUGCUCGAUUUAUCAUGAGCUGUGAACACAAGCAAAGGUUGAUGAAAUAUGCAAAUUCUACAUUGGAUUCAAAACUACGAGAUCUAGUGAUGUUAGGAAUUGGAUACCACCAUGCAGGAGUUGACUUGUCUGACAGGAAGCUGAUAGAAGAAGCCUUCACUCUGGGGGACCUGCCUGUUCUUUUUACCACCAGGACUCUGGCCAUGGGUGUAAAUCUUCCUGCUCACCUGGUGGUGAUCAAGUCCACAAUGCAGUAUGUUGCAGGCUCCUGUGAGGAGUACAGUGAGGCUGACAUCCUACAGAUGAUUGGCCGGGCAGGACGACCUCAGUUUGAUUCAUCAGCGACUGCAGUGAUUAUGACCAAGGUUCAAACCAGAGACAAAUACAUGAAACUUGUGAAUGGAAUAGAAAUCAUUGAGAGCAGCUUACACAGUCACCUGGUAGAGCACCUGAAUGCUGAGAUUGUUCUCCAAACCAUCAGCAAUGUCAACAUGGCUUUAGACUGGAUACGCUCCACCUUUCUCUACAUCAGAGCCCUCAAGAAUCCCACACACUACGGUUUUUCUGCUGACUUGGACAGAUGUGGCAUUGAAGCCAAAUUGCAAGAACUGUGUCUGAAGAACCUCAAUGCUCUGUCGUCCAUUGAUUUAAUCAGUAUGGAUGAGGACGUCAACAUCAAACCAACAGAGGCUGGCAGGCUGAUGGCGAGGUUUUGUGUUGCCUUUGACACGAUGAAGCAGUUCAGCAAAGUGGUCGGCACUGAAAGUUUAUCUGACCUGGUUGAGUUGGUGUCAAAGAGCAGAGAGUUCAGUGACAUUCAGUUGAGAGUGAAUGAGAGAAGAACCCUGAACACUCUGAACCGGGACAAAAACAGGACCACCAUCAGAUUUCCCCUAGAGGGAAAGAUUAAAACCAAUGAGAUGAAAGUAAACUGCUUGAUUCAGGCUCAGAUGUGUUCCAUCAUGGUUCAAGAUUUUGGACUUACUCAAGAUACAGCAAAGAUCUUCAGAAUCGGGAUGCGUAUUAGUAAAUGCCUGUCAGAGUUCCUGAGCCAUCAGUCCAAGACUGUCUUUACUGCUGUUCUUAACUCCCUGAUCCUGGCUAAGUGCUUCAGAGCUAAGCUUUGGGAAAACUCACCCUAUGUCUCCAAGCAACUGGAAAAGAUAGGUCAGUCUCUGUCUACAGCAAUGGUAAACGCUGGACUCACCACUUUCACCAAAAUAGAGCAAACCAACCCCAGGGAGCUGGAGCUGAUUGUCAACAGGCAUCCACCGUUUGGAAACCAAAUCAGAGAAUCUGUAACGCACCUCCCAAAGUACAGCAUUACACUGGAGCAGCUUCCCAGGUACAGCAGUGCCACUGCUGAGAUUGUGGUCAAGGUGACCCUUAAAAACCAGGCAGAGCUGCAGUGCAGGAGAACAGCUCCAGACCAUCACUAUGUCUCCCUGAUCAUUGGCAACUCAGAUAACAACACAAUUUAUCUUCAGAAACUCACCGACUUGCUGCUGCUAAAGUGUGGCAGCUGGUCAAAGAAGAUAGAAGUGGCAAAGGCUUCCCAAGGAGAUGACAUCAGCGUCAACGUCAUCAGUUCAGAAUAUGUGGGACUGGACAUCCAGCAGAAGUUCAGUGUGUACUUCUCAGCAGCCAAGACGUUUGGAAGUGAAACUCCAUGCAGCUUGACAGAUACUCAUACUGAACAGAGACUGCAGCACUCCGCUGUAAAGCCACCAUCUGCAAAUCAGAAGGAAAACAUCUAUACUGUGAACGCACAAGAUUCAGGCAGUAAAAGGCAAUGCAACCAUUUCUGCAAGAAUAAAAGUGUUUGCGCCCAUGAUUGCUGUAAAGUAGGUGUUGCAGUGGGUCAGAAGAGAUCAGUGAACCAUGAAACCAGUUUCUCUUCCUACCUGAAAGACCUGAAGAACAGAAAUGAUGCGCUUGUCCAGACUCCUGUCAAACGACUCAAGAUGAAAAUGAACGAGGAGUCUUUGGCUGUCGACAUGCAGAAGUUUGCUUACAAACCUAAAGAAAGGCUUUGUCCUGGCUCCUGGUGUGGGAAGAACGAGUAUAUAACUGGCUAUGUUGACCUGACAGCUGAAGACUGUGCUCAUCUCUCUGACGUAGCUGGUCUGGAUGAUCUUGAGCGAGCUGUCACCUUUGAUCUGGGAAGUGAAUGGGACGACUGGGAUGACUUUGAUGACGAGAACUUGCUCUGUGCCAGUGAAACAGCUGUACCUCCAUGUAAAGCUAACCCUGAGCAUCAGGAUGACGAGUACCUGCCAGCAUAUAAGUGA